AUGCCAAAAAAAUCCAUUUCUAAAAAAUCUAACAAGGCUGCCAGAGCUACCACAACUACAAUCACUACUACUGAUAAUGAUAAUGGCAGCAACAUUGAUUCUGCUUUCAGGCUUCAUUGGGUGAUGGCUAUACAAUUGAUGAGGUUUACAAAAAAAAUCUCAGAAGUCAAUACAUUUUUGCAUCGUAGCAAAAAAACUAUUACUUCUGAAGAUAUAGAAGCAGAAGCAAGCAAGGCUGUUGAACAAGCUCUCUCACCUCAACGCUAUCCAGUCUUAGAUUUGUAUGAGAAAUAUGAUAAAAUGCAAAGUGCAUAUUUUGAGACAAACAGGCGUAUUAUCAAGUCUGUUGUAGAUUACCUUUGUAAUCAGGCUGAGAGCAAACUCAUUACGCCAGGCAAUAUCAGAAGAAAGGUUUUGCAUUAUAUUUCAAGCCAAAAGUUGAAAGGAAAGAAGACUGAAGAUCAAACUGCAGAAGCAAACCAAGUUGAGUGUUUUUCCCAAAGUUGUGUUCAGGGUCUUGCUGACUUUCUUCAUGCUGACUACAUGUCUGACCUGGAGACUGAUUGCGAAGUUGCAGACAACUCAUCUUCUACUAAUCGAGUCUUUGGGCAAUUUUGUUCAAGUUGGAGAAGUGAAAUGAUACAAUUUUUUUAG